AUGAAAUUCUUGUUAAUAACUUUUAUUUGUCUAAUUGCUCUCAAUUUAAUAGUAGCUGAAAAAUUGCUUUUAGAUAUAGAUAAAGCUAUUCAAGAUGAGCAUGAAGAAGCACAAAGUCAAAAAUCAAGUAUUUCAACUUUAGUUGAUAAUAUAGCUAAAGAAUCAAAAUUGCAUGAUAAAAUCGAUGAAAAUGAUGAUGAUAUUGAUCGUCAGAAAAAAUCAUAUGGAAAUUUAAAAAAUCAUGGAGAUCCAGUUCCUUUAAAAGUUAAUCCAAAUGAUCAUGUUCCACAAAAACCAACAAAUUAUGGUGAACAACAAAAUUUGGGAUAUGGUGAAGGAAAACCAUUAAAAUUAGGAUUAAAAGAACCAUCAAUAUCACAAUUGGAUUAUGGUGAACAAAUACCUUUACUACCAAACUAUGGUGAGCAUUUAAUUCCACAACCAUAUAAACCACCUACCCCAACACAAAAAUAUAAACCUGCACAGGUACAUAAAAAUCUUAAUUUAUAUCAACCGCAAUCAUAUCAAUCAUAUUCACCAUCCGAUUAUGGAUAUGAUCAACCAUUAAAUUUAUAUGAUAGUCCUCAACUUUUAUAUGACCAGCCACACUCUCAAACGUACUAUCCACAUAAAACAGGAUAUAAUCCAACAAAGUAUGCUCCACCUAAACAAGUGGAAUAUGGAUCAGUAAAGCCACAAUAUUCACCAGUUAAACCAGAUUAUUCCCCAGAUCAAUAUGCACCAGCAAAACCACAAUAUGCUCCCGUCAAAACAGAAUAUGGUCAACAUUAUUCAGGUUAUGCACAAUCAUCACCUGGAUAUGCACCAGCUAAACCAUAUGGUCAAUCUAAACCAUCAUAUCCAUCUCAUAAUUACGGAUAUACACAAACAAAACCGACAUAUGGUUUAAGUAAACCGGCAUAUAGUGAUCCAUAUUCAGGAUAUAAUCAACCACAAACAUUAUAUGGUGGAUCAUAUCAAUCUCCGUAUAGUUCACAUCAAUCUCAAUAUGGUACACAUCAAUCUCAAUAUGGUUCAACUCAUUCAGAUUAUAGUAGAAUUCAAUCACCGUAUAAUCAAGCACAACCAUUAGCAUAUGCUUCUCAUAAUGUUGAAGUAUACAGUCAUCCCGGUGAAUCAUCAAAUAAUUUACAAACUGCUAAUGUUGGUUGUACACCAGUUGUUGAAGUAAAACAAUGUCAAGCUGGUACUGGCGGUUAUGGUUCUGGUUAUAGUGUUGGCGGUUAUGGUUAUGGUGGAAGUUAUUAA